AGUUUCCUGGUUUCGGCGGCAAUGCGUGCUAAUCUGGACGUUUUUGUGUCGAAAAGAUAGUAAAGUACUAAGAUAUAAUAGCACCACAUUUCGCACAGCAAUGAGUUUACCCCUGAACCCCAAGCCCUUCCUGAACGGCCUGACAGGCAAGCCGGUGAUGGUGAAGCUGAAGUGGGGGAUGGAGUACAAGGGCUACCUAGUGUCUGUGGACAGCUACAUGAACAUGCAGUUGGCGAACACAGAAGAGUAUGUGGAUGGAGCGUUGGCUGGUCACCUUGGAGAAGUACUUGUUAGGUAAAUAAGAGCCCUCUUCUGGAUUCUCUACAAUGUUGCCUUCUGCCCCUUGUCCUUCACUCCUGAGGUGAUCAAGAUUGACAAUGACUGCGUUCAUGAAAUAUCUACCUCUCUUAGAGCAGUGACCUGGGGUGUAUUCAUUAGUGUAGACUGUUUCAACAGAAAGUGUUUUGCGACAAAAACAGGUUUCAUAUUGAACAAGUUCAGAAAAGUCCCUCAAAGUCCCACUUCGUCUUGUUUGAUUUGUAGUAAAUAAUACCCAGUUCAAGAAAACGAUGAGGGAGGGAAGGAAGUAUUUGUUGAAAUCAAAUAUUUUCUGCAAUAGAAUGUAACUCUAUAUUCUGAUUUAUUGGUUGAACUGCAAGUCAACCCUUUAAUGAAUACCAGUAGAAAUGUAUUCUCCCUGCACUUCUGUAUCCAGCAUACUUCUAGUGUGACUGAUGCAGAUGUUUGAUUGUGGCUGUUUGGUGUAAUUCUCUUUGAUCUAAAGUGCGUAUUCUCUACCCACAGGUGCAAUAAUGUUUUAUAUAUUAGAGGAGUGGAGGAAGAAGAGGAGGACGGAGAAAUGAAAGAAUGAUGGCGAGGAUGAGACAUCUGGAUGAGUGUUUAAAUCUUAGUUGUUUUUUUUUCAUUUUCACUAUGUGGAAAAUUGACCCUUGGGGAAGCAAGUUAGUUUUAUAUGUGUGAAACUUUUCUCUUCUUCUACUGUUUAUGAUCAGUAUGUAUUAUCACUGUAGAAAAAAAAAUAAAAGGAUGUUUAUUGUACCCAUUCC